UCUCCGGGUUUGUGGAAAGUACUCUUUGAUCGCAACCGACUACUGGACUUGGUGAAAGAAGGCUGUAGCAGUAACUGCUUUUAAUAUUUGGACUUUUCUCCGCCGUGUCAAACGCCGUUCUUCUAUGAACCUUGGACUUGAGAAUACAUUGCUUGAGGCAGCAGCACAUUUGUGUGAAUUAGCGGCUCCGAAAAGAAACCAUAUCUGGUCAAAGUAUUCAGCUGUCACAUGCGCUAUAUAUAGUGUGGGAUAAGCGCUGUCUGAAGUCUUGUGCUUGGGGGGGGUCGAGUGUUCCUGCCUUUUUUAGUGUCUUCUGUGCCCUUCCUGCAUUUGAUCUUAUUCACCAUGUUCCAUAAAGAGAUGGAUAAGUACCGGGAUGUGGAUGAGGACGAGCUCUUGCAGAAGCUCAGUGAAGAAGAGCUCAGGAGACUAGAAGAUGAACUCGAAGAGCUUGAUCCUGAUAACGCACUGUUGCCCGCAGGAUUCAGACAAAGGGAUCAGACCAAGAAAGCUCCGACCGGAUCUUUCCAGAGAGAUAACCUUCUCGCUCACCUGGAGAAACAGGCCAAAGAACAUCCAGACCGAGAUGAUCUUGUUCCCUACACUGGCGAGAAAAGAGGAAAAGCAUGGGUGCCUAAAUCCAAUGUUGUUGACCCAAUCCUGGAAGAUGUUACUCUGGAGCCUGAACUAGAGGAGGCGCUAUCUAGUGCUACUGAUGCAGAAUUGUGCGAUAUAGCAGCCAUUUUGGGCAUGCACACACUGAUGAGUAAUCAGCAGUAUUACGAAGCACUGGCCAGCAGUACUAUCGUCAACAAACAGGGCUUGAACAGUGUAAUCCAGUGUACUCAGUAUAAGCCAGUGCCAGACGAACAGCCCAAUGACACAGAUGUAGAGGAAACACUACAGAGAAUCAAGAGAAAUGAUCCAGACCUUGUUGAGGUCAACCUAAACAACAUCAAGAAUAUUCCAGUCCCAACUUUGAAAGCGUAUGCUGAAGCUCUCAAAGGGAACAGUGUUGUGGAACGCCUGAGCAUCGUAGGCACCAGAAGUAACGAUCCUGUGGCCUUUGCACUAGCAGACAUGCUGAAAGUGAACACCACUCUGAAGAGUCUAAACGUUGAGUCAAACUUCAUUACUGGAACUGGAAUUCUGGCACUCGUGGAAUCAUUAAAGAGCAACACUACACUGCUGGAGCUAAAGAUUGACAACCAGAGCCAGCCUUUAGGUAAUAAGGUUGAAAUGGAGAUAGCUAACAUUUUGGAGAAGAACACUACUCUGCUGAAGUUUGGAUACCACUUCACCCAGCAGGGCCCACGCUUACGUGGAUCUAAUGCCAUGAUGAACAACAAUGAUCUGGCACGUGUAGUUCGGUCGGACACGGAUGGUGCGAUCACAUUCACUCUGUCAGUCCCUGAGCUGGAAAGAGCCUUCUGUAAAAAGUUCAAGUCCACAACGAAACCCAAUAAGAAAGAGAAGGCUUGAAGGAGGACCCAUCUUUCCUAAAUGUCGGACAAACGUGUAGCAGCAUCAGGAACCCUCUAUGGCCUGGGACCUGCAUCACACCCCAUCUCAUCCCAUAUCCACCCUUCAUUUCUGUCCCUUUCACAGAUAACUCACAAAAUCAUCUUAAAGGAAACAUUAAAAUCAGAAUGCCUUUUUUCAAAGCCCCAGAUCUGGAAACCCAAAGGUACCACCCUCUGUUUACCAGACACAUAGUUACUCAUGGCAGAGUGUUUUAAAAAUGUGUAAACUACCUGCCAUAACAUUAGCAGGGAAAAAUCACCUACUCAUGUUGAUGGAAGCAGUAAAGAUGAAAAUGAUGCUCAAUUUAUCACAAUGUUCUCAGUUGACAUAAUCUUCCCAUUGUAAACAGUUUGACCCUAAAGCCAGCCAUUUUGCAGUGUUUGGAUGCACACCAAGAGCAUCAAACUUGACUGAUUGUAGCUGUGGUUUUGCCUUCUCCGGGCCAGUUUGAGUCUCACUUUAGUGGUAGUUGUCGCAUAGAACAGUGGUCUCAAACUCAGUUCCUGGAGGGCCACAGCUCUGCAGAGUAUAGCUCCAACCAGCUCCAAAUCACACCUGCUUGGAAGUUUCUAACAAUCCUGAAGACCUUGAUUAGCUGGAUCAGGUGUGUUUGAUUAGGGCUGGAGCUAAACUGUGCAGAGCUGUGGCCCUCCAGGAAUUGAGUUUGAGACCAAUGGCAUAGAAUAUGGGAUAUGCUAUAAUUUGACCUGCUCUUCUGUGUUUAACAACUGGUAAAUUUGUUGCUAUACAAAUUCAUUGUUGGCAAGUCACUGUACUGUGGUUUCUGGUACUUUGCUAUGCGGAAAAUACCAAUGAAAGUGCAUUGUUGGUGCAUAUUUGUAUAAACUCACAUCGCCAAGUCGCCAACAGCUCAUGUCGCCUAUUAUAGUCGCGUUGAAAAUUAAAUACAAAUUUCCAGUCGUUGCAAAUCACUGUCAGUGUGAAUAUAACUUUAUUGGUCACCUGACAACAGUAUAAAAUCUAAGAUCUGUGUAUUUGCACUGCUCCAGUAUAUUUAUGAAUUUAUUUAUAUAUUUUAUAUUCUAUGUUUGAUGAGGAAAAAUCUCUUUUUCAUGUUUAGGGCAAGCUGUGUUUCAUUUUACACAACUAGCAGUAAUAUCUCUCAUAUUAUACUAAUGGUCUCUCUCUACGAUAACCACUUAUCAUUAAAUGAUUGUGAUUGAUGUGUAUACAGUGUUCUCUAUAGUCUUCCUCAUUAAAUGCUUUUUUUUACUUUUAAGUGAGAAUCAUAACACACAGUAGAAAACGUAUCAUAAAACUAUGUGUGCUAUUGCCUAUACCUCUUCUCAUGAAGUAAUUUCCAGGUUAUAUUUCACCCAAAAUCAAAAGAAAUUAUAUUUUAAGAACAUUAGAAAAUUAUUUCUAGUUUUAGGUUUUUAGGUUUUAGAUUUUUUUUUUUGUUGCUUCAAACUGUAUUUAAUAAUUAUAUAUGGUUAUAAACAGAUUGUUGUGCUGAUACAAGUAAAGUCUGUAUGUGUUAAAUAAUGUUUGCAGUUCUUCCUUCCUGGAAAAACAUAUUUAUGUAAUAUUUUGAAGAUAAUCACAUUAGGCUAUUUCAUGAUUCCUGCUUUCCAGGCCCCAAAUUUAAAACCUUAAGAUGAUUAAGAUAUUCGAUUAACAUAUGUUCCUAAAUUCAUUUUACAGUUUGCACACAUGUAUUUUUAGUUGCAAAUGUUCGCACUGUUGAGCUCUUGUACAGGAAUGUAUACUUAAAAUUGCACUGAAUGAUUUUAACAAUACAAUUAUUUUGCUAAAUAUAAUUUCUUUUUGAUUCUUGGCAGUUUUCCCGAGACUGGGCAUCAUUUGCAAUCUGUCAUGUGCAGUGAUUUAGCAGGGUGUGUGUGUGUGUCUCAGAUAUUUGUUGUCCGUGAUCAGGCCUCUCUUCACACUCUCCCAGCACAAUAAAAGUCAGUAUGUUUUAUGGAUGUAAACAUUUUCCUACUGUUUAAAGGACAGAGCAUUUAUGGGACUUUUGGGGUCGUCGUCUUGUUCAAAACCAAAAAGGGAAAAUUCACUGUUGAUUGUCCUGUUUUUGGACGCAGGCCCAUAAUCAUUGCCAUAGAGUGCCUGGGCUGGUGCACACAUGUACAUUUUGUUAGUGCACCUUACUGUAUGUGGUUUAUUGAGUUAAUAAAGACUGAAAAAGUUGUGUGGAAAUGUUGCCCUCUGCAGAAACCUUUUUUUAACCACAUUAAUAGCUUUGCAUCAGGAAUACUAUUUAAAUAUUUAUAUGCAGAAGGUUAAAAUGAUUUAGAAUGAUCAACAGUGCCACUUUGUGGUCUGGUUUAUUACUAGUGGCUGCAUAAUACCAAUAAUACGUAGGCUUUGCAUGUUAACAUAAUUUGUGACCUUGUACUUUUUUAAGAAGUUGAAU